GAUUACAGCUCUGCCUCCCUUCCCCUUCCCCUCCCAUAUACCUGUAGGAGAGAUUACUGGCAAUACAGAAUACAGGUAGAAUUACACACUUAUGUGUUUGAACGACUGAUUUUUCUUCAUGAUGUUUCUGAUAUCUGGAAUCUAUACAAAGCUGCGAUGACGAGAAAACUGCAGAAAUGACUCAUUGGGGACAGGAUUACUUUGUCAAGUUGUUUGAAGCCUCAAGGACAAGACGGAUCGUUUCAUUUUUAUAUUGCUCUUCGUCUACUCCAGACAGUUUACAGCUUUCCAAACUUUCCAUAUAAGACAUACUGCAUGCUGGAACGUCCUUUAGAAAUCGUGAAAACACCACUGUCUUAUCUAAAUAUGUCCUAUUUGUUAACGUCAAGACAUUGACAGUUUUGAAAACUGGAUACAUCCAGUGUCUGCAUCAUCAGCUAUGUCCAUCCGGGGACUGAAGAAGAAAAAGCAGCAAAAGACAUUUAAGGUUAAGGUUAUAACAAUGGAAGCUGAAAUGGAAUUCAGUUGUGAGAUGGACUGGAAGGGUAAAGAUCUCUUUGAUUCAGUAUGCAGAAACUUGGCAUUGAGAGAAACUUGGUUCUUUGGUCUACAGUUUGUGGCAAGCGGGAUGGAUACCUGGUUGAAGCUGGAAAAAAAGAUUUUACAGCACCAAGUCCCCAAGGAAGAUCCCAUAAGGUUUCGUUUUAUGGCUAAAUUCUACCCUGAAAAUGUAACUGAUGAACUUUUUCAAGAAAUAACCCAGCAUCUUUUCUUUCUUCAGGUUAAGAAACAAAUUCUGGAUGAAGAAAUCAUUUGUUCUCCAGAGGCAUCUGUUCUUUUGGCCUCCUAUGCUGUUCAAGCUAAGUAUGGUGACUAUAACCAUAGCAUACACCAGCCUGGAUUUCUAUCUCAAGAUGAGUUGUUGCCUCAACGAGUUCUGCAGCAAUAUCAGAUGACAUCAGAAAUGUGGCAGGACAAAAUAACAGCUGUGCAUGCAGGUCACAGAGGAAUUUCUAGGGAUGAAGCAGAGAUGAAUUAUUUAAAAAUUGCACAAGACUUGGACAUGUAUGGUGUGAACUAUUUUCCCAUCACACUGGCCAAGAAUGACUCAGAUAUCCUUCUUGGAGUGGAUGCUAAAGGAAUCCAUAUAUAUAGUAAAGACAACAAAAUAACACCAUUGGAAUCAUUUAAAUGGGGUGACAUCAGAAACAUUUCAUAUGAUGACAAGAAAGUAAAACUUAUACCCAUUGACAAAAAAGCUGAAGCUUUCAAGUUUUAUGCUAAAGAGCACAAAGUCAAUAAACUGAUUUUGCACCUGUGCAUUGGAAACCAUAAUUUAUUCUUGACAAAAAGGAAAGUAGAUUCAACUGAAAUUCAAGAAAUGAAAGCUCAAGCUAAAGAAGAAAAAACAAGAAGGAAGAAGGAGCACCAGAGACUGUUGAUGGAAAAAGAACUAAGAGAAGAGGCAGAGAGAGCCAAAGAAGAGCUUGAAAGGAGAAUGUUCCAGCUGGAGGAGGAAGCAAGACAAGCCAAUGAGGCUCUGAUUCGGUCUAAUGAAGCUGCUGAGCUGUUAGUGGAAAAGGUUCAAAUAGCAGAGGAUGAAGCAAAGCUACUUGCACAGGAGGCAGUGGAGGCCAGACAUGAGUUACAGCGCCUGGAAUUGACAGUUCUAAAGAAUAAGGAUGAUAUGCGCAUGAUGGAGAAUCAGAUGAGAGAGUCAGAUCUGAUAACCAUGAAAUUGCUGAAGGAAUCGGACAGGAGGGCUAAGGAAUCUGAACUAUUAGAGCAGGACCUUCACAAAGCAAGAGAAGCGGAACGACAUGCAAAGAAAAAGCUCCUAGAACUGGGUUCCCAUAGCCAAAAGCCUGCAAAAAUUCUUCAACAAGAUACUUUAGAAGAAGGAUUUGAUAAUAAAACGUUAUGGCAAAACCUAGACACGGAAUAUAAGAGGCUAUCCCUGGAGAUUGAAAAAGAAAGGAUUGAAUACCUUGAAAAGAGUAAACAACUAGAAAACCAACUAAAUGAGCUUAAGCUUGAAAUUCAAACCCUAAAGCAGCAAGAUCGGCAACUGAACGCAUUAUCACUUUACAAUGUCAACCUUAGAUACAAGUAUAAUAUGCAGGAUACACUUUUGAUGCAAACAUGGCCGAAGGAACCUACAAGUCCUUACAGCAUUCCUCCAGUGUACUCAGUGAGUACUGUCCGCAGCUGUCCCACUCCAGAGAGAGAUGCUUAUCCUCACCCCAUUAGGACGAGUCAUACAUUACCCAACUAUACAACUGGGAGAGAAGCCAGGCAGAAUGUCAGGAAGGUUGAGAAAUAUAAUCUGGACAUCAUAUACAUUUAAAAUGGAAUUUUGAGGUCACCAAGCCACUUUUGAUCAGAUUUCAAGAAUGAUUCCAGUGUUUUGCAUGUUAGUUGUAAAUACUAAUGUAUUCGAGUGUGAUCUUGUACAGAUAAGAGACCAGUUAACUGUUUAAAAAACCCUGGUGUCUAGGGUUAUUAGGGCAAACUAUGACAGUCUUCUAAAAUGGGUUUGACCAUUUGAUUUUAGCACUGUAAUCUUUUGUUUACAAGAAGGUAAAGCCCCCAAUACGAAGACAUUAAAGCUAAACUUCACCCAAAAGGGGAAGUUCAGUUUGUUUGCAUGCAUCCACUGCCACACUUGGCACUUUUUUUUUGGGGGGGGGGGGGGAUUGGGUACCUGGUUUUGACAGAUACCAGCUCCUCCACUUGCAGUUAGAUGCGUCGCGGCAAUCUGAGAUGAAAGUUCGGUCCCUUCUUCCUUUAACCGUAGCCUCUCACCACAGGUCCCAGAAGUCUACGGGACCAUUCACAAAAGCGCAGCACGACUUACACAUGUGCAGUAGAAAAGUGUCUAUGAAGCGCAAGGCUUCACUACUGAUUUCCCUUACGUACGAUGCCAGCUCCUGCACCCGAUUUAAAAAUCGGCUUGGGUUAGGAGAUCGAUGGAUCCCUGGACAAGUACGCAUCCUUAUAUUUCUUCAGCAGCUACAGUAUUUCUGGCUGCCGACUGGGGGAGCCUGGAGCUCCUCUUUAAAAAGUGUCAGCCUUCAUUUUGAACAAAAACACACACCAACUUUAGAAAAUAAGUGGAGAAACAGCAGUAAAUUUUUGCCUCAUAGGGGCCUAUUUAUUUAAGUUAUAUAUUCCUCUCCCACACAGUCCAUUUUCACAUCUCACUUCCCACUCCACUAAAAAAAAAUAUUACUGUACAUAGAUUCCCCAUGCAAGAAAUGUAUACAGUACAAGCUUCAAUAGGUGGGAUCCUGCUUUUACAUUUUACAAAACGUAACGAUGUGCUGAAUUUUAUAUCCGACUUUGCUCAUUCUGUAUUUAUCAAUUUUGGCAGAGAACUUGAAUUUUUUUUAUCUUGUAUGAUAAAUGUUUACCUUAAAGUUUAAUAUAUGUUUUGCAGAUAUUGCAAUAAACAGUGCUUUAA